CUGACCUCAUCACAGAUAAGAGAGCUAAAUAAUGUCAAAGUAUAAGUUGGAGAUUGCAUAUCAACUAUGAAGUACCAAGAAGUUUUCAUGAUUGUCUAUACCACAACUUAAAAGGACUUUUUUUUUUCAUUUACAUGUAGAGAUGCCCGCGUACCAAUACUGAUAAUACUGGAAUUAAAGAUUACACAAAUUGCGUAAAAUAAAUAACUGUUUUCAGGAAAGACUUAAAAAGGAUUGGCAUGACACAACCCACAAUUCUAAGUGGCUAUUUUUUUUAUUGCAAACAAACAAUUUAAACUGUAUUUAAUAAAACACAGAAAAGAAGUUUAGCAGUUUACUGAACAUGGCCAUAAUUUUGAACUUGCUGAUGGUUUAUAUCUUCUGGUACAAUUUUAUAGUAACUGUUUCAUAUACAAUGAAUAACAUAUUAAUUAAAUGUAACUAAAAUAGUUUUUGAGAGAUGAUACAAUUGUUAUCAUGCAAUCUGAUUUUCCUAAGUAUUGAUGUAAUUUUGAAAAUGUAAGAAAUACUGUACUACUUCAUGUUGGUGGCUCAUAUUAAAGUAGGCAUUCAACGGAGGUUGCGAUAUUUUUUUCUUUUCUAUUAUGAUGUAUAUAUACGAGUGAAACGGCUUCUCGACAAGAAAAAAUGUUGGGCAGGAAUGGAUUUUGUCUAUCAAGAAUUGAUUAAUUAAAGAUUUUGAUUAAAGAUUAUGAGAGCACAUGAAUUAAAAAAAUGAUGUGCAUUGAUAAAUCGCUAAAAAAUAAGAAUAGUAAAUUUUGAUUUAAUGGUGACUUUAAAAAGGGGGAAAUGUACUGUUCUUGUUCCUUUUCUCAUACACAAGUACUGUAUUAAGGUGAACGUUAUAUGCAGACAUUUUUGUUUAUUGUAUUUGCAAACAUUUAGCCAACACACUGUAUUAGUUAUAACGCAUUAUACAUAAUCUAUAAUGUUUGUCACUUUAUUUUAAGUUUAUCUUCAAAAAAAAUUUUUGUCCUACCUAUAUUUCUCUAGCCAUUUUACAAGAAUCAUUUUCAUGAACAGAUACAGAAUAUAUAAUUUAAUUGUACAGUAAUUGUACUGAACAAUGGGUGAUCAGCAUGUUAUCAAUCAGUAGAUUGGUCGGAUCUACAGAUCAUCAGGAUGGCGUUACAACAUGACCUCUCAGCACAGUGACAGUGCUGCUCAAGUAAAUAUAGAAGACUAUUAAUAGGAUCAUAUACACACGCAAAACAGCUGCUCAGUGACCAAGAAAAGCCUCAGUACAAACAAACCAAGAUAUUCAAAUCAAAGCCAGACUGACUUCAAACGACAUAUAAAGAAUGGGAGACUUUCAAAAAUUUGAACAAGACUUCUAUCAGUCUGGAUACUAUGUGGACGGUCAGCAGGAAGAGGAAUAUUGCUAUGAUCCAGCCUACGUUAAUCCAAAAUACCAUGAAGUUGAUAAUUCCGCAUGCUUAGAUGAAUAUACCACUACAGCAUCUUAUACUGGACAACUGUAUCAACCUGUAGCGCCACCCGAGCAAACAGAACACAUAGACUCAUUUGAGGAAGAACCACCACUCUUAGAAGAAUUGGGCAUUAACUUUGACCAUAUCUGGCAGAAGACUCUGACUGUGCUAAAUCCACUGAAGCCUGCUGAUGGCAGUAUUAUGAACGAGACAGACCUCACCGGGCCUAUUCUCUUCUGCAUUGCUCUGGGAGCCACACUAUUGAUGGCAGGGAAAGCGCACUUUGGAUAUGUGUAUGGCAUCAGUGCUCUGGGAUGUGUUGGGAUGCACAUGCUGUUGAACCUGAUGAGCAGUUACAGCAUAUCCUGUGGAUGUGUGGCGAGUGUACUGGGAUACUGUCUCCUGCCAAUGGUUGCACUCUCUGCCUUUGCUGUUGUUUAUUCACUUCAAGGGCUUUUGGGAACGCUGUCGGCCAUGUUUGUGGUUGGCUGGUGCAGUCUAUCAGCUUCUAAGAUCUUCAGUUCCACUCUUAACAUGAGUGGGCAGCAGCUGCUGGUGGCCUAUCCCUGUGCUCUUCUGUACGGAGUCUUCGCUCUCCUUACUGUCUUUUGAUAACUAAGAAACUACCACUCUAAGAUCAGAUGAAAGUCCAAUUUCAUGUGCACAUAAUGCACAUAGCCUGUCAAAGUGGCAACAAAUUAAAGUUACUGUAAAUCAGAAUUAUCAGAUCUAUUGUAGAACUUGAUGAACUGGGUUAGCAGAAUCAUUUUUGAUAUUGGAAUGCACACAUAUAUGAACUCAGACACAUUAAUAUAAUUUCUAAGCUGAAUAAUGCAAAGAAGGCUAAGCUCAACCUUAUUCAUAUUAUAUAUUCUUGUUCAUUAUUGAAUAUGUGUGGAGGAAGCGGCUGUUUUUGUUUGACUUAAAGGGAUAGUUCACCCAAAAAUGAAAAUUAUCCCAUAAUUUACUCACCCUCAAGCCAUUGUGUAUAUGACUUUAUCUUUCAGCCAAACACAAUACAAUCGGACAAAAACACAUCUCUUCGCUUCAGAAGGCCUUUAUUAACCCCCUGGAGCCGUAUGGAUUACUUUUAUGAUGGAUGGAUGUGCUUUUUAAGCUUAAAAAAUGGAACCAUUCACUCCCAUUAUAAAGCUGAAGAGUCAGAAUAUUUUUAAUAUAACUCUGAUUGUGUUUGACUGAAAGAAGAAAGUCAUAUACAGCUAGGAUGGCUUGAGGGUGAGUAAAUUAUUUUUGGGUCAACUAUACCUUUAAUUUAUAAAGUUCAAGUUAAUUGCUUAUGCAUAAUCAUUCAAAAAUUCACACAUUCAAGAAAGUAUUAAGAAAAAUAAAAAGGUUGGUGUGA